UUUUUAACUUUUGUGAAUAUGAAAUUUAUAGUACUCUUGAUUGUAUGCGUGGUUUUGUUACAAUCUACACUAGCUUCUCAGUGCCAGAAUAGUAAUGGACAGUACUGACUUCCAUUCCAAGGAUGCUGUGAUAAUAGAGAAAUUGUUGAAGCUAGAAAAGAAGCACUAGGAGAUAAUAUUCCUGAAGACCCAAAAGAGCUUGAGAUUGUUUUCAAGUGCUGCCCAUACAUAAGAGGAACAUGUUGUGUUCAAAAUAUGGAGUUCUGUUGCCCAGAAGGAACUGUCUGUGACGAUUCAGUUAAAAGAUGUGCUAACCCUUCCACAAUGAACUCUCCUAAUGCUGUUCAAAGAUUCUUGAAUGAAGUUCAAGAUCCUCCAAUGUUAAGAAUGACAACUUCUACUGUCUUUGGCCCGAUAUAGGUCCUCUAUAAAUUUUAGUCCUAAUCUAACCCCUUUCAAUUCUUUUA